AUGGCCGCUGUUGUUGCACCUCAUCAGUCUGGUCUUUGGCAAGAACGACGGGAACCCUCCUUUCAAAUGCCCAACAUGCACAGCUCUAGCAUGAUCCCUCAGUACGACACUUCGCGCGCCGCCACCAGCGCGCCAGUCUCGCGGAGCUUCCAGCCCACUUCUACACAAAUGGACAUGAGCAUGCCUCUCUACCCUUCCAAUACCCACGCGACCACUGUCGCCUCCUACCAGCAGCCGGGACCAUUUGGAUACGAACCUGCGCCGAACCCAUAUACUAUGCAACAGCCGUCAUACUACCAGUCGAGUAUCCCACACCCCGUGUCUUACCCGCCAUCGACCGAUGUUCAGCAACUUCCAACAGUACGAGAUGGUCGAAGUCUCUUCAACCCUCUGGUCAAGGCCGAAAGCACAUCGCCUCUUCAGUCGAACCCGAUCUAUGGCGAAACAUCUUACCCAUCCGAUGCUAAGCGUUCUAACUCCGUCCCGACAGAAGGCACUUCUGUUCACUUCUCGACCGACGUAGACACUCUGAUGAAGGCCAUCCAAGCAAAACAGACCACCCCUUCCGAGCCAGUGGAGCCCAAGGAGGACGCCACCAAGCCUUCUCAAAAACCUCGCAAGCGCUACCAAUGUACUGUCCCUAACUGCAACAAGAGCUUCUACCAGAAGACUCAUCUCGAAAUCCACAUCCGCGCUCACACUGGAGCCAAGCCAUUUAACUGCAAGGCACCAGGUUGCGGACAGUCAUUCUCGCAAUUAGGUAACCUCAAGACACACGAGCGACGACAUACUGGCGAGCGACCCUACAGUUGCGAUAUCUGUGGCAAAACCUUUGCUCAGCGGGGCAAUGUACGAGCACACAAGAUUGUGCACCAACAGAUCAAGCCCUUCACCUGCAAGCUUGACGACUGUGGCAAGCAAUUUACUCAGCUCGGUAACCUCAAGUCACACCAGAACAAGUUCCACGCCACUACCCUCAGAUACCUCACGACAAAGUUCGCAACUAUCAGCAUGGGUGACUGGGUGUCCAAAGAAGACAAGGAGCUCUGGGAGUACUUUGCAUCUCUAUACAAGAACUCCAACAAGGGCAUCAAAGGUCGUGGCAAGGACAGGCGCAUCUCAGCCAUGUCGUCCGCCUCGUCUUAUCCUUCAUCGUACCCCGCUAUGCCAAUGGCCUCGAUGUCCCGAAGCUAUGGUGGAUCUUUCCACCAUAGCAGCGAACGCAGCAGUCGAAGCUCCUCCAUGUCAUCCGAUACCAUCCAGCGAGUAGACAGCGCAUACGAUUUCAACGUUCCCAUGCCAACAAGCUUCCAUCAUCAACCUCAAGCCAAUGGAUACGACGAGAUGGGGGGGUUCCGGUAG